AUGUCGGGCUUGAGCCAAACUGGUGGUCCAAUCUCCAUGUCGCCUCAAGAAUACGAAAAUCCUCCCCAGAUCAAAUUCGAGUCCUCGCCCUCAAACUCUCAUUAUAGGAACCCCUCUAAUACUUCGGUGCCCAACGUCCUCCAACCCGCCGGUGGCCUGUCCGCUCGCGGCGCCCCAACCUCGCCCAACUUACCUUCGCCGAUGCAGCAAUCUUCUCCCGCUGCUUCAUCCGUCCCUCACCAGCGGCCGUCGCAAGCUCAGCAGCAGCAGAUCCUUCAUCACUCCCAGCAGCCAAUGCAGAUCCCCGUGCAGCACGGCCAGCCCACACGCGGAUAUUCAGGCUCACCGUCUGCCGCCGUCGCGAGCAAACCCCCGCUGAGCAUGUCUCACAGCUACUCCCGCUCUCAGCCCAGCCGCUGGCUACGAUGGCUCCUCUAGUUAUCACGCAUAUACUCCCACGACGCCUGGCGGUUCUACCUCUGCGCAUCUAAUGUCGCCAAUCGAUACCACCAGGUACAAUGCUCCAGGAUCUCAGCGCAACAUCUCCAACACCCCGCUUGGCCUAGCUGAUAUUCGUCCCCGCGCCGAUUCGAGCAUGUCCGAUGGCACUGGAGCUGCCAUGGCCUACGACGCCAACAAUGCCCAACCAGGAACGAGCAAUUACCUUGCGCCUUGGGCCAUUUACGCCUUCGACUGGUGCAAAUGGCCGGCCCAGGGUAAUAGCGCUGGUAAGCUCGCUGUAGGCAGCUACUUGGAAGAUGGACAUAACUUUAUUCAAAUCCUUGAUAGUCAUAUUACACCGACUCCUCAGGACAUCUAUACUCCUGGUUCUUCCAAGUUUAGCCUCGAGUUCACCAAAGCUGCCGAAGCUACCCACUCUUACCCUGUAACCCGCCUAUUGUGGGAGCCGCCUUCGUCGCAGAAGCAGUCUACUGACCUGCUCGCGACUUCGGGUGAUCACUUGCGAUUGUGGUCUCUUCCUAGUGAGAACCCUUCCACACCCAGUGGCACAAUCGGCCGUCGCGACAAUGUCACCACCAAGUUAACUCCUCUCGCGUUACUCUCCAACUCCAAGACACCGGAUCACACUGCGCCUCUAACAUCGCUCGAUUGGAAUACCGUCUCUCCUAGUCUCAUCAUUACGUCCAGCAUAGACACAACAUGUACCAUCUGGGAUAUUCCCUCACUCACGGCCAAGACUCAGCUCAUUGCCCACGAUAAAGAGGUUUACGAUGUUAGGUUCUGCGCCAAGAGUGUGGAUGUUUUUGUCAGUUGUGGUCAGGAUGGUAGUGUCCGCAUGUUUGAUCUCCGAAGUCUGGAGCAUUCGACAAUUAUUUACGAGCCUACAGGCAAGGAAGAGCGAGACCCCAACGGUGGUCGCGUAAGUCCAACACUGGCUCAGCAAACAAUGUCCAACCCUCCGCCGCUACUUCGUCUUGCAACUUCGCCUCACGAUACCCAUCUCCUAGCUACUUUUGCUCAAGAUUCCAAUGCCAUUCGAAUUCUGGACGUGAGACAACCUGGUCAGGCCUUGCUCGAGCUACGUGGACAUGCUGGAAACAUCAACUCUAUCGAAUGGUCGCCUCAUCGACGAGGAAUGCUUGCUUCGGGCGGUGACGACUGCCAGGUCCUUUUGUGGGAUAUUUACAACUCCGGCCAGCCCAUCAACGGCGCUCCUCAGCAAGAUAACCCUAGGAGCCCUGUUGCUAGCUGGCAAUGCGAUUACGAGAUUGGCAACUUGGGCUGGGUACCUCAACUUCCCAACUCCGAGUACGGCGAGUGGCUCGGUAUUGGCGCAGGACGUGGUAUCUGGGGAACAAGAGUCAUGUAA